GCCUCAGAUGCCGAUGACAAUCUCCAUCUUGUGUUCAAGCCAGCCAGACAUUGCUUCAGCUUGUUAAAAGCCUCCUUCAAUAUGGUGCCGUAACGCCUUCAUUCAUCCAAAACACCAAAAGCGAAAAGCGAUGAUCUGCUUCCCGCCCGCUUCAGGGUUCCCUUUAAAUAUUCAACCUUUGGCAAACGGCUAGUAAUCAAGAAAACGACAACAGACUACAACGACGACGACAACUGGGGAAAGUCAACGAUUCCCCUUCCUGGAUGUGAUAACAGCGCCAUGACUGAAGUAUACCCCAUGACGGCUUCUGGGAGAGAAACUUGAGACAUACUGAGAUUGAAGUUCUCCACUUCAUCCUCCCAUUGCGGUCAGUCAGAAAAAUCAAGCAUCCUUUCAAUUCGAUAAUGCUGGGGAUCUUUUGUCAUUUCACCAUUAUCGCUUCACCGACUUUCAUGUAGCUACUCAUGACCGUUCGGGGCUGCAGGGCAGUGAGGUUCCCUAUUUCAACUCUGUUCGUCCGUCAGUUCGUUCGUCGUUCCUAAGUUUAGGCUAAGUUCGGUUCCGUUUCACGACACGGAGCGGCUCAUCAUAUAACUUCAGCUCAAGACGGUACAAUUGCGGCUUGAACUACGGCUUGAACACGACUACGACUGCGCUUUCGCUCUACCCUCUAUAGAAGUGUGCGCACGCAAGUCAGUGGUUCGCGUAGUUGGGAAAGUUGGAAAGGAAUAGACAAAACAAUGAUUCCGGUCCGAACCGCUGCUGCGCCCUUCUCCACCUCCGUCUCCGUCUCCGUCUCCGUCUCCGUCUCCAUUACCGCCGUCAUCUUCCGAGUUACGUGGUACCUUCUGCUGGCAACGUUCUUCUACUCAACAUGUGUCGCCUCGGCUAGCAUCAAUGUGGUCCGCCGCGACGGCAACGGCGACAAUGGCGUCAUCCCGGCCGGGCACACUCAAAGUCCGACCCUCCCUUUUACGAGCAACAGCAACAGUCAAGCAGGCCGACCCCAAAAGCGAAGCAAAACAGAACACGUCAUCCUCUGCGACUGCCUCUCGGCCCAAGGGAUUCGCUCAUCACAAAUGGCCUACUACAGUGCCGAAGUCCACGGCUUACCGACAGGCGGCGUGGCAAGCGUGGAGACGAAAUUCAACACGACGGCAGCAUGGUACAACGACACUACAUCGGCGACGUGGGCGGACACAGGCGUCACUUUCAAGGCGGCGAUUGGGUACCAUGUCGCUGAGAACGAUUACUUGGGCAAAGGGAAUAAUGGCUAUGGCGAUUUCACGUGUUGGCAGAGGGCGAAGACGGGGUUUUCGUAUGAUCUGAAUGAGGAUGGAAAUGUGUGUGCAAUGAUGAUUGAUUGUAAUAAGGAUACUGCGCCUUCAACAGCUCCGGCUUAUGUCCCCUUGGGAUCGACCACCACCGCAGACACCCCCGCCACUUCUUCUUCUUCUGCUCCUUUGUCCUCUUCCGACCCAGCAGCAUCGGCCCAAAAAGACAAAGUAAUCUCCAAUGGAGCAGUAAUUGGCAUUGCCGUAGGAAUCGUUGGGGCCUUCAUUUUUUUCGCCGGCGGAGCAAGUUUCCUCGUUGCCCGGCGACGACGACAAAUCAGAAAGCGACAGCAAGAACAAGAGCAACGACAGCGAAAGGAAGCGAGGACAGAGUCGACCAUUACCGACUCGAAUAUCGUUUACGAGCUGGAUGGGGGUUGGCAUCGACACGAGAUGGGUGACGAUACAGGGCACUACGAGAUCGACGGGCAGGUCCGGUGCGAGAUGGACGGGGUUGACGGGGAGAUCAAGGAGAAGAUGGAUGAUUUGUUUGCUGAAGCAGAUGUGAAGGAGGUUAUUAUCUCGAAUGAGAAGGCCGAUUCAAAGAAAGCAAUAAUUUAUGAGGAGAUUGAUGAGAAGAAGAAGGGGUAUGUUGGUGGUGUUAGUGAGAAAGAGGAGGAGGUGAGGAGGGAUAAGGAGGAGCGGGAGCGGGAGCGGGAGCGAGAACAGCAGGAGCAAGAUCCGACACAGCAGCCGGAGGAACAAAAGAGAAACAGAGAUGCCGAACAGCUACCACCAGUUUCACCAUUAUCACCACUCUUCGGAGGGGGGGCGCCUUGGACAGAAGAAGUAGGGCAAAUGCCUUUCUGCUUGCCGGCCUUGAUGCCGGAGCCGGAGAAGUUCAUGGCAGAGGAUUUCCGAGCAUACAAGGAGAAGAACAACGACAACGACAAGGAUGAGACGAAUUUCAAGUUCCGGUUUGAGGAGGAAACGCAGAAGUACAUGAAGGUCGAAGUACUAUCACCAGCAGGAGCCGCAGGCAAUGGGGAGGAUGCCCGUGCCCCCGAGGACGCUAGUAGCAGCAGCCAGGAGGGGAAGAAUGAGGAGGAAGGUCUGCCAUAACAUAGUGUUUACCUCUAGUGGCAUAGCAUAUCACCGGAGUGGGGGAUCACUGCCUACAUCGGCCGGGUGAGGCUCACGAUUUAUGAUGGUAAUAUACCCACAUUAUGAAUAUAUUCACCUCAUGGUGUCCUCUUGUAUCUGGGGACGAGCGUCGCGUUUCAUUGUUCCUGUCGAAUAGCGAUGUAAAAGACUCGCAUCAUUGAUAGGCAUAUACUCGGCACACGGGUACAAUGAACAUUAGUGUAAAUUCGG